AUGAUGGGCAUGCGAGGCGUAUCCCGAGGAAAACAACUGGCAGAUUGUACGCUCACGCGGUUCUCUCUUCCUCCAGCAUCCUUCGCUGUUGCAUGCGUACAAUCCACACUCUCGCAGCUGUCGGCGGGUGGGGACAGCUCGGGCCGCGCCAGCAUCCUGGAUUCGCGCCUCCUGCAGUUGCGGCUCGACGGGAGCGAGGACACCCUGAGCAGGCAGUCCGUUCUGGAUCCCCUCAACGACGAGAAUUAUCCGGAGCACUUGAAGCACCUGAAGCUAGCCUCAUCCAUGCAGGCCAGGAAGCUUGACCCCCCUGGGGAUGAGUUUACGCAGUGUGGCGAUGUCUGGGAGCACUACGAGAAGGUGGUGUGGAACAGAAAUCCGAGAGUCGAGCACCAGGUUGUGUGCGCCUCCGCGAAUGAUGACCUUACCAUCGGUAUUUGCCGCAGCGACAACAGGGGCCAUAAUCACUGGGAGUUCUGCGCCUCGCCGCCUUCCACACGAUGCAACGGCAUGGGCAAGCUUUGGUUCGUGUUCUGCGGGGACGUCAUGCGCGCGGCCCCGCCCACGCCCGCACCCACAUCCGCUCCAACGUAUCCAAUUGGCGGCACGCCGCCGGAUGAUGUGGUGGUCGACAGUGGUGUCUUGGUGCCCCAUGCCAUGCCAACGCCCGCACCUAGCGCUGCGCCUACCCCAGGGCCCACGCUGGGGCUGGUCUCUGACGUGUCGGCUACUUCAGCACCAGCACCGGCUCCAACGUCCGCGCCCACGGCAGAGGUUCAAGGUGGUAACAUGCCGCCAGAUAUUUUGCUGGUGCCAACAAAGCAACCAACACCCGGGCCUACACUAACGCCUACUCCAGCACCUACGCCAGUGCCCACGCCAGCGCCCACUGGUGCGCCCACUCCGUCUCCUACCCUGGCUCCUACUCCGUCUCCGACCGAGGCACCUGGCCCAUCUCCUGGGGAGCCCACUUCGACUCCCACCCCGGCGCCGUCUUUGGAUCCGACACAGACGCCAGCACCUACUAUGCUUGUUGGCACGCUGGCCACUCCAAUUGAGGCAGGGGCAACGUCAAUAGACAUUUCAGCUGAGGCCUUAUCAGGCCUUUCCGAAGGCGAUUGUUUUCUGCUCGAGGGCGGUGGCAACUCCGAGAUGGUUUGCAUCGCAGGCUUUGGGUCGAUCUUGCUGGUGUCGCCCACGCAGUUUGCGUACCCCGCUGGCUCAACCCUUACGCUGCUGGAAGGCACGCCGUCUCCGACCGGGGCGAGCACACCGGCUCCCACUCCGCCCCCGCAUGGCGCAGUUACUGCAGCUCCUACUCCGUGUCCGACUGUUUUUGGGGCGCCCACUCUGGCUCCCACUUCAUCUCCGACCGGGCCGCCGCCCACCGCAUCUUCUGGGACGCCCACUCCGGCUCCAACUCAGCUGCCGGUUCCAGGUGGUGGCAUGCCGCCAGAUAUUCUGUUGCGUCCGACGCAGCAACCAACACCUGCACCCACAGCGUCCACCACAUCUCCGACGGGGGCACCCGCUCAGGCUCCUACCCUGACUCCUACUCCGUCCCCGACCGUCGCAGAGGUCCGCGGCCCACCUGUGCCUGCGCCAGCACCUCCGUCAGGGGCGCCCACUGCGGCUCCCACCGCGGCGCCGUCCUCGGCUCCGACGCAUGCCCCGGCGCCCACCACGCCGGUGCCCACUUCGGCGCCCACGGCAGAGGUCCCGGGUGGUGGAAUGCCGACUGAGCAGCCAACACCAGCGUCCACGCCAGCGCCCACGCCAGAACCUCCGCCAGUGUUCACGCCAGCGCCAACUAGUGGCUUCUCAGACCCGGCGGACACGCCAGCGCCAACCAGUGGCCUCUCAGACCCGUCGCACACUCCAGCGCCAACCGGGGAGCGCACUCUCACUCCUUCUCCGACUGGAGCGCCCACUCAGGCUCCCAUUCCGUCUCCGACCAUGGCUCCUACACCAUCUACCUGGGCGCCCACUUCGGCUCCCACUGCGGCGCCGACUUCGGCUCCGACGCUCACGCCUGCGCCUACCAUGCUUGUUAUUCCGCUGCUCACUCCCAUUUUGGCUGGGGCGACGUCAAUCGAAAUUCCAGCUUGGGCAUUAGCGAUUGUUUCCGAAGGCGACUGUUUUGUACUCGAGGGCGGUGGCACUUCCGAGGUGGUUUGCAUUGCAGGCUUUGGGACGAUCAUGCUGGUAUCGCCCACGCAGUUCGGGUACCCCGCUGGCUCAACGCUCACACUGCUGGAAGGCAGCACGUCGACGACGAGCAUCGACCAUGCGAGCAUGCGGGACGACCCGCACGUAUGUUCUUCGAACGGCGAAUGCUACGACGUUCGAAAGCCCUCAAAGUACACCCUGGUCCAUGUGCCUCCCAGCGAAUCAGAGCCGGUCGAGCUCGAGGUGAGCGCUGACUUGGAUACCGAUGGCGUGCGGCCGUGCGGGCUGUUUGUCAAGCACCUUGCGCUGAGUGGCUCCUGGCUCGACAACGAGGUUGUGCGCAUCCGCCCCCACACGCGCAACGUCAGCGGCUCCAACUGGGUCGGGGGCAGGGCUGCGACGAACUUCUCGCUGCAGCUGGGGAGUUCUCCCUGGCGGUCCUUCACGCGCCACGAGUCUCGUGGGCUGGUCGCGGUCGUGGGCCGGCUGAGCAUCCGCUUCGUGUGGCGGGAGCAGUACGGCCAGCGACUGGAGGCCCAGAGCCUCGAGCUCUCCGUGGGUGAGGGGGGCAACCCCGCCGUGCUGACCGUCUCGCAGGCGUCGCACCAGGCCCUGAACCUGGACAUGAGGGGCAUGGGCCGCAUGGGCUACUCGAGGAUCGGGGGCAUCCUCGGCACCGAGGGCCACUUGGCCUCGAUAGAGGAGCCCACCCGCGAGUGCAUGGCUGCGACGUCGCCCUCCGGCCCGGACGGCGUCACGAAGAGGCAGUUCACGGAGCAGGAGCCGCCAGAGCACGCAUCCACUCUGAGAGCGGCGUGGGGGUGA